CCAGCGAGGGGCCGAGUCACUGCGAACUAACCUCACAUCAAGUCAUCAAUCACCCCCUCCCCCACCAACUUCCCCAGAGCUACAGUACACAGAGAGAGAGAGAGACUCAAACGGGUGGCUGAGCUAGUGAUCUGGUGAUUGAUAGUUGAUAGGUGAGAGAUUGGGUGGAACUAGGAAUUUCUAGAGAGAGGGAGAGAGACUUAAGCACCGUGCAAGCAAAGCAUACGAUCAGACAUCCAUCUGCUGGCGGCAAAAAAGUAACAAGAGAGAACACGGAGAGAGGAAGAAAGAAAGGGAGGAGGGAGGAGGGAGAAAGGAGAUGGGUCGGGGGAAGGUGGAGAUGAGGCGGAUCGAGAACAAGAUAAGCCGGCAGGUGACGUUCGCCAAGCGCCGGAACGGGCUGCUCAAGAAGGCCUACGAGCUAUCGCUGCUCUGCGACGCUGAGAUCGCCCUCAUCAUCUUCUCCGGCCGCGGCCGCCUCUUCGAGUUCUCAAGCUCCUCAUGCAUGUACAAAACACUUGAGAGAUACCGCACCUGCAACUGCAACUCACAGGAAGCGACCCCUCUAGCAGAAAAUGAAAUAAAUUACCAGCAAUAUCUGAAGCUGAAGACCAGACUUGAAUACCUUGAAAGUUCACAAAGAAAUAUUCUCGGUGAGGAUCUGGGCCCACUUAGCAUUAAGGAACUUGAGCAAAUUGAGAACCAAAUAGACAUAUCCCUCAAGCAUAUCAGGACAAGAAAGAAUAAAGUAUUACUUGAUGAGCUAUAUGACCUGAAAAGUAAGGAGCAAGAAUUGCAGGAUCAAAACAAAAACCUGAGGAAGAAGUUGCAAGAUACCAGCUAUGCCCAGAAUGCGCCCCAUAUGGCCUGGCAAGAUGCAGGACAGAGUAGCUCAAGUGGGCAUGUCAUUGAUACUACUUAUCCAGGACUUGUGGAACACCCGGAACAUGAUUCCUCCAUGCAAGUUGGGUACAAUAAUCAGGCCUACGUGGACCAGCCGAACAACAAGGAAGACAUGGCUUCUCAGCGCCUUCAUGCACUUGGAUCAUCUGCAGGUUGGAUAUGAUUGGUUAUGGCGACGAGAAAGAUAGAUUUCACGUAUAUAUUGUACGUCCAAUCUGGAGUCCAGAAACUCUGCAUAUGACUGAUGUAGUCACUGGUCUAUGUAUUGAAAUCGCUGCUCUUGGCACUUUUCGAAGAAUAAACAGGAGUCGAGUAUGUAUCUAUUGCAAUAGUUUAUUCAUCCACGGACAUGGCAGUGGGACAUCACGUGGCCUGCCGUUGCGUCCCGUACGUAACUAAUAUGUUUGGAUUUGUGUGUCACGUGUUAUAUUUUGUGUGCUGAACGUGUGGUCAUUACGAACCAUAUGCAUGGACCAAAAUACCUCUUGUUGUAUGGAGCAUAA